AUGCAUUAACACCUUUUUUUUACUACGGCUUUGAGAGUGAGAGUGAGAAAUCGCCAACGACAACGAUGUCAAUUGCAUUUCAAGCUUUGUUAUUUAUAAUAUCAGUUGUUGUUAUUGAUGGUCAAUUGAUGAAUUCAACUUCAGAAGAGCCUUACAUUCCCAUUGUGCAGCAUAUUGCGGGGGGUGAAAAGACAGAUUCUGGAGAGUUCUCAUUUAUGGUCGCUUUAGGAUGGAUAAAUGAUUCUGGAGAGUUAAAAUUUAAUGGAGGUGGUGUGGUGAUAGGUGCGAAAAUGAUUCUAACGGCUGCUCAUACUGUUUAUAUCAAUGGUAAGCUUCCUGACACAGUUUAUAUCGGAGGAAGUCCACUAUCCGAAGUUAAUGAUCCAUACAUGAGUGUGUUCUCAACAUAUACGGUCCAGAAUGCAACACUUUUCCCAAAAUAUAAUCCAAAUUAUCCGGCAUACUAUGAUAUAGCGAUACUUGAAGUAACAGAAACAAUAUGGUUUCCAUCAAUCUGCUUAUGGAAAAGUCCAAAUCUGCCUACCGAUAUAGUCACAGCCAUUGGAUAUGGUCUAACAGAAUUCGCUGGAUCGGGAUCUGAAAAACUGUUAAAAGUCGACUUGACCGUAUUUCCAGCUGAUUUCUGUGAGCCUUUUUUCAAGAGGCAAAGGAAAUUCAUAUGGGGCAUAUCAGAAGCUCACAUCUGUGCUGGUGAUGAAACUGGAAUAAAAGACACAUGUCAAGGUGACUCUGGUGGACCAAUUAUGAUUAACCAUAAAAAUCAAAUGUUUGCUGUCGGUAUAACAUCUUUAGGACAAGCUUGCUAUGGAUUUCCACCAGCAAUUUAUACAAAAAUUUAUUCAUAUAUUGGUUGGAUAACUCAGGUAUUGGAGAGUCGAGGAGAAGCUUUGGAUCAAUGCGUUACUUAAGUUUCGAUUAUGAAAUAAGAAUAUCUAAAACCAAUUUUAGCAGGGUUGUAAGAAUCAUUG